CAAGACUGAUCAUCAGGAACCGCAGAGCUACCAGCAUUCAGAAAUUCACAUACUCCGUGCUUAGUCCAUUCCAGUGAUGAGCAGCCUCCAGGACGACAACAAGGUGGUCCCCUUCGAGAGUACAAAACUGUAUGAACAGGCCUAUGGGUAUGUGCAGGAGUAUAUGAGUCGCUACGAUUGCUCGCAUGACUUCAACCAUAUUCUCCGAGUGCUGGCUCUGUCGAAACACAUAUUGGCCGAAGAAAUCAAAACCAAGCCGACGAAAAAUUUCGACGAACGAGCAGUCAUUCUCGCUGCUCUGCUCCACGACGUUGGCGACAAGAAGUACGUUCAACCUGGCGAAAAUGCGGAACAACUGGUCUCGGAUUUUCUCAGCAGAAAUGGAUGUGCGCCCAAGGACGUGGCAAAAAUUGCACUCAUUGUUGAGAACGUUUCGUAUACGAACGAGAUCAAAAGGCCGCAGCUUGUCAAAGCUCACAUCAAUUCACAUCCGGAGCUCGCUAUCGUUCAAGACGCAGAUCGUUUGGAUGCUAUUGGUGCAGUGGGUAUCGGUCGCGUCUUUGCAUUCGGCGCGGUGAAAGCAUCCGCUCGAGGCCUGCAGGGCAGUAUGGACCACUUUGACGAGAAACUACUUAAGAUCGAGCACAUGAUGAAGACCCAGACUGGCAAGCAGCUUGCUCGAGAAAGGACUGAACGGCUCAAGCAGUUUCGCCGGUGGUGGUAUGAGGAGACUCAGGCGGCAUCUGCUACUUCCUAGUCGAUCCCGAGCAAAUGUGGUCAAGCCUUGUGUCCACAGCCCAAUGCCAGUCACACCACCUGUUGCUGAUGCAAAGCGCUCUUUGUGCCAUUGGAAGGUCGUGUGUAGUCUUUGCGCCGUAUGUCAGCAAUCAGUCCCGGAGGCAAGUCAAGCUCGUCUAGUGGCAAUCUUGUGCGACCUACGCACGCAUACGGAGCAAAACCAGUCUCAUUAUUUGGCACGCCAAAUGAGACUUAUCAGGUUGGAACUAGUCUUUGGCCGGUUGAGACGGAAGCUCGAGGUCGUACGUCCUAGUAUUGCUUUGGAUACUACAAUGGUUCUCGUUCCGAGAUCUGAACCCUAAGCUAUCACGUCUUUGGAGGCUCAAAGCUGCUGUAACAGAGAGGGUCCAACGUUCGACUCCAUGCCGCGAGCCCAUGUGCGCAUAAGUUCCUCCUUGGGCAAUUUGUCAUUCAGGUUGGGUAGACUAUGCAGGUAGCUAGGAGACACAUGAUUUUAACAGAAGGCGGUCAGCCGACGUCUAUUGGUAGUAUUCGGAAUUUAAUGGCGAA